AUGGUCAACACUAAGACGAUCCGCGUCUCCCAUCUGGGAGGAAUCGAUGUGGCAUACCAGGUGCCUCGCGAGUACGACCCUGCAAAGCCGACUGUUGUCUUGAUCAAUGCUUUUACCACGUCUUCGGAGCUUUACCGCGACCAAUUCAAUGAUGCAUCAUUGACCGACAAGAUGAACCUGGUUGCAAUCGAGCUCCUGGGUCAUGGGCAAACACGAACAGCACGCGAGCACUGGACUUACUGGGACACUGCAGAGAUGAACCUGCAGGUACUGGACGCUCUAAAAAUUGAUCGUGCAUUUGUUCUGGGAACCAGUCAGGGUGGUUGGGUCACCGUUCAGAUGGCCCUGCUGCGCCCGGAAAAGAUUCUGGGUAUCAUCCCAAUGGGAACCUCCAUGGACUGUGAAUCGGAGCGCACUCGCCAGCUUGAUUGUUGGAAUGGCCCGGCGAUUGUCUCAAGGUUUCUGAAACAGUGGGCCAGCAGCGAGGCCACGCCCAACUUUGAGCCGGAUGAUGUGUACUGUGAUGCGGUGAUUGGUAUUGGGUUGAACCAAGUUACGCCCGAGGUGCAUGAAUUCUGGCGGAAGACAAUCAAGUCCAACUAUCAGGGAGAUGAGGGCCGUCGACGGAUUCGCAUGGCCGCGAUCAACUUGGGAGAAAGAGGCGCACUUCAUUUUCGACUGUCGGACAUCCAGUGCCCAGUACUGUGGUUGCAUGGCACCAAGGACGCUGUAUACACCAUUGCGAAUGCCAGAGAAGAGAUCCAACUCUUCACACGAUCACCAUCGGCAACUCUGGUCCCAGUCGAGGGUGGAGCGCACUUCUUGAAUGCCUCACACCCUCGAGAGGUGAACGCCGCGCUGUUGGAUUUUGUGAACCAGCACAAAUGA